AUGGAGAAAGUCAAGUAUCGUUGUCGGAGUGUCCACCCUCUUACUUGCAAUGCCAUGAUCUUCACCGGGCUUAUUGUGGAUGCGCCUCUAGAUGAAAUCGUGUUGAGGCAGACGGCAGCUCAGCUGGUAAAAGCGUGGCCUGCUCUGGGAGGGCAGCUUUACCGGUCGUGCCGCCCGUAUGCACUUUCCACUGGCUCGACUGUCGACUUUACAAGUCGGACGCUUCCCAAAGGUGCAGCAUCCUGGAAACAUGGCGUGCUCCAGUCUAGAGAAUGCAACCAACCGACGAUUAUUGAGGCCCUCGACCCUGAAGAACUAGAUGUUGCUUUUAUCUUCAAUGUACCUGCCAGACCUGCGAAUGUCUUCCUCGUUCGCGUCACGUUUCUCCAGAACGCCACUCUACUUUGCUUCGGCAUCAGCCAUCAUCUGGCCGACGGCACUGCCGCCUACGACGUAAUUCGGGCCUAUUGUGACCUGCUCGCUGGUCAACCUAUCACAUCUCCCCUGUUACCACCCGAUGCUUGUGGUCACCGGAUGUCCGACAGAGUGAUAUUCAACGACCCGCAGGAAUCGUUGGUUCGAUCCAUAACUUAUGCCGAGCAUCUGGCCAACUUCACCAUUGGGUUCUGGCCGACUCUACUACUGAUAGCCAGAGUAGUCUGGUGUCUACUGCUGCGCAAGCUACGUCUGCAGGAAACCUUGGAGGAACGGUACAUUUACCUGCCAAACGACUGGGUAGGCGCGGUGCACAAACGAGCACUCGACGCUUUCGCCGCCAUGCCUGUUGGUGCCCAGCCGACCAGGAACAACGUCAUCAACGCCUGGUUUCUAAAAAACGGUCUAUUGUACUCUUCCGCGCAGUCGAGCUGA